UAUACACAGAAGUAUAUCAACACUCCAAUAACCAUACAGACAUCAAAUACAUUCAUACCUAUCACACAUAGACCAAAUCUACGACGCCAGCAAUAACAACAAUCAUGAUUGAAAUCCACCAAUACCACCUCCCCCCAACAGACCUCAUCCCGAACUCCCCCGCCCCCUCCUCCACUACAAGAACGUCCUUCCCCGACACCCCAUCACAAAGCAAUGCUCCCCAGCCGACACAUGGGCGCUCUUCACCAGCAACAAAUGGUCCGUCCACUGGAUCUUCCGCUACAGCCACACACAAGUCUCACACUACCACUCACAAGCGCACGAAUGCAUGGCCGUCCUCUCCGGCACAGCGCGCAUCCGCUUCGGCGUCGCGGACACCUCGCCCGACAUGGAAGCUAAUACGGAGGGCACCGCCCACGAAGCCGGCGGUGUCGAGCUAGACGCCGAAGCGGGCGACGUGUUCGUCAUCCCCGCGGGGGUGGCGCACAAGACGCACCACACGCGCCCAGCCGCUGACUUCGCCCUACUGUCGCCGGGGACGGGGCAUGGCAUUGAGGCGGAGGACCCCCGGGCGGCGCUCGGAGAGGUCCGACUGGAUGGGUUCACCAUGAUGGGGGCGUAUUGCGGGGGUGAUUGGGACUUUCUGGCUGCUGGGGGGGAGUUUGAGACCGUGUGGGCGGUGCCGAAGCCGAGGUUGGAUCCAGUUUGGGGGAGCGAGUCGGUGGGGCUUCGUAAGACGUGGGUGGGGAGUGGGGUUGCGGCGAGGUCGAAGAUUUAGUUGUUUACUCUGUAUUGUUUUUGAUCUGCUAGAGUGAUUCCGAGGUGAUUGGGUUAGGGUUGGGAGGUACAGGGUAAGUAGGCUACGGGUGGUUGAUCCGAUGUGCUCCAUGUACACCACUCGGGCCGAGAUCAGUGCCAGGUUAACCAUCAUAGAUACACC